AAGGAACAAAAGCAUCACGCGUUGGCUACCCUCUCGUACUCUCGUGGGAAAAUUAAAUUUCCUUUCCUUAACGACACCAGACACAAAAGUUCUAGUCAUUAUGAAAUGUCAGAUUCCAAUUAUUAAUUAAAAAAAAAAAAAAACCAUAGGUUAAAAAAUUAAACACUCAAAUACUUCGUACUGGUAUAAUAUAAAGUUAAAUCAUGGACCAACCUUUGGCUUUGCCCCAAAACCCCAAACUAGUUAUAGUCAGCUCAACACUCUUCUUAGUCUUCUAACACUCCAAUUUGGAAAAUUCUACAACAUUUUCUCUCUCCAAAUUUCAUUACUGUACAUUAAAUUCUCUCAAACUUUCUCUAUCACUUUCUUACCAUAAAAAUUCAGAUCAAAAUUCCUCUGUUUUCCUCUGUUUUUCAUUGAUUCUUGCUCAAGUUUAUACUGGAUGCUGAGCAACAUCAUGAGCUCCUCAUUGUUAAACAAAACAAAGGAAUUUUGUGAGGAACAACAGUACUGAAAUCUUCUGGUACAUUUCUGUGGUUGGGAUUCAAUUCAUUAUAAUAUGGGAGCUGAUUUGCUAAAAGCCUUUCAAGUGGAAACUAGAAGAUUGCUUUGGCUAAUUGGUCUGGUGUUUAUAACUGUUAUAUUAUUCCAGUUUAUUGAAUUUCCAAAGGGUAGUGCUUUAUGGUCCUUAUUUUCUCGGGGUGAAGGCCCCAUGUCAAAGGACCUUAGCCUUCUUGGUGAGAACUCGACAUCCUUAUCAAGCAACGUGAGUUCACCGAGUGUUGGAAAUACAAGCAUUAUAUCUGAAGACAGGAACAAUUCUUUGGCAGUGGGACUUGAUGAAGGCCGAAAUGGUUCUCAUAUCUUGGAGAAUCCUGAUCCUGGCAAUAUAAUUGAUCGUAAUUCUUCAUCCAUUGACACUCUGAAAGGACUUGCUUUGCCACCGGAAGAUAAUGGGAAUUUAAGUUUGGCCCCAAUAGAACCUCCAGUUGCACCAUUAAUUUUACCACAUAAUGUACCUCCUAAUUUAAGUAUGGAAUUAAGCACUCCACCGCCACUGCUACUGCCACCGCCACCUCCACCUCUAGUUCAUGCAUCAGAUAAGAAGCCAAAGUCCAAAAUAUUUGAAAAGGAGGUCCUUACAUUGUCAGACAUGAGUGAGGAGUUGAUCCAAAAUUAUUUAUCACCUUCUACAAUGGUACCGCGAUGGUCAUCAAAAGUAGAUAAGGAUUUAGUACUUGCAAAACAACUGAUUGAGAAUGCACCUCCCUUGAAGGAUGGACUCUAUGUUCCAUUAUAUCGUAAUGCAAGCAUGUUUAAGAGGAGCUACGAGUUGAUGGAGCAGAUGCUUAAAGUCUACAUCUACAAGGAAGGUGACAGGAGAAUAUUCCACAGGCCACCACUUGAGGGAAUAUAUGCUUCCGAAGGAUGGUUUAUGAAACAGAUGGAAUCAAACCGGCAUUAUGUCACCAAAAGACCCAGGGAAGCACACCUCUUUUACCUUCCUUUCAGUUCUCUGCAGUUGGAGGAGGCUUUGUACGUGCCCAAUUCACAUAGCCACAAAAACCUUAUACAGCAUUUAAGGGAGUAUGUGAGUAUGAUAUCAACAAAGUACCCCUAUUGGAAUAGGACUGAGGGUGCAGAUCACUUCUUUGUUGCUUGCCAUGAUUGGGCUCCAUCUGAAACAAAGCGGAUAAUGGCUAAUUGCAUUAGAGCUUUAUGCAAUGCUGAUGUCAAAGAAGGAUUCAAAUUUGGCAAGGAUGUAUCCCUCCCUGAAACAUAUGUACGAAAAGCACGAAAUCCUUUAAGAGAUAUAGGAGGAAAACCUCCUUCCAAGAGGAAAACCUUAGCUUUCUAUGCUGGAAAUAUGCAUGGUUACCUCCGGCCACUUCUUUUACAAUCUUGGGGCAACAAUAUUGAUCCUGACAUGAAAAUAUUCGGUAGCAUGCCACGUUCUAAGGACAAUCGAAACUACAUCAACUACAUGAAAACCAGCAAGUAUUGUAUCUGUCCUAGAGGGUACGAAGUCAAUAGUCCACGAGUUGUCGAGGCCAUUUUCUAUGAAUGUGUCCCGGUGAUCAUAUCAGAUAACUUCAUUCCUCCAUUUUUCGAGACAUUGAAUUGGGAGUCAUUUGCUGUGUUUGUGGCCGAGAAAGAUAUACCAAAUUUGAAGAACAUCCUUCUUUCAAUACCAGAAAAGACAUUUUUUCGAAUGCAUAUGAGGGUUAAAAAGGUACAGCAGCAUUUCUUGUGGCAUCCUAAACCUCUCAAGUAUGAUUUGUUUCAUAUGAUUCUUCACUCAAUUUGGUAUAACAGAGUUUUUCAAUUUAGACCUAAAUGAUUUAUUUAUGUUAACAGGUAUGGAAAGUUUCCAACAUUAGUUUGUUGUUUGUAUUAUUUUUUGUAAUGUUUUUGGUAGAGGUUGCUAAUUCUUUAUUUAUUUGUUCAAUUAAUGUAUAUAAUUUGUGUUAAGAUAAAGAAACUUUGUAAUUGUAAACUUGAAAUAAUUUAGUUCAUUGAUACUA